UUUCUAUUGAGUCUGCAACUUUAGUUUUCAUGUGUAACUUAACUUCUUAAUCACUUUUUCUACUCUUGUCUAGAAACAAAAAUAUCAACAUACAUCAUCAUGUUUUGAUUUUUGAGUCAACAUGUUUAAUGAUCAUCGGUGAUGAUAUCAUUCGAUUUUAAAUACAAGUAGAUGCUUCAAAACUGAGUGUUGACAUAUGAUGGAAUUCACAAUUGGACAUUUAUCACAUAAUGGUUAUAAUAAAAGUCUUCAAUCUAUGUCAGAUCCUUCAUGUGAUUCUCCAUUACAUGUCCCCAAUUUUCCAGUAUCUCCAAGAAAUUAUCAAUGUAGCAACAAUGGAAGUUCCUUUAGUGUGAAGAGAACUUUGAAAGCUCAAACAGAUGGUUGCCCUAAGAAAGGUGAAAAUGGAGAAAAAGGAACGGAAGGAGAGCCACUUGAUAUUGAUAAUAACGGUGGUGUCCUAGAAGCAGAUGAUCUAAAUUACACCAACAAUGAGGACAAUGAGCAAUCCACGAUUGGCGCAAAAACAUCUGAAAAUUUUGAGGAGUAUAAGAAGAAGGUGACACUAAUCUUGGAGGAGUACUUUGAGAAUGAUGACAUAAGCUCAACCGCAAGCGAACUGAGAGAAUUGCGAAUGCCUGACUACAACUUCUAUUUCGUGAAGAAGCUUAUAUCCAUGGCAAUGGACAGGCAUGACAAGGAGAAGGAAAUGGCUGCUCUCUUGCUCUCCUCGCUCUAUGUUGAUCUAAUCGAACCCCAGCAAGUCUACAAAGGUUUCACCAAACUGCUAGAAUCGGCCGAUGAUCUAAUCGUGGAUAUCCCAGACGCGGUUGAUGUUCUCGCUCUGUUCAUAGCCCGAGCGGUGGUGGACGACAUUCUUCCGCCGGCUUUCUUGGCCAAGGUUGUCGCCUCCUUACAGCCUGGGAACGCUAAAGGAAUAGAGGUUAUCAACCAGGCGAAGAAGAGCUACUUAUCAGCUCCACUUCAUGCUGAAGUGAUUGAGAGGAGGUGGGGUGGGAGCAGGAAGAGAACCGUUGAUGAUCUUAAGGGGAAGAUAAACAAUUUGCUGAAGGAGUAUGUGGUGAGUGGAGACAAGAAAGAGGCUUUCAGGUGCAUUAAAGAUCUGAAUGUUCCUUACUUCCACCAUGAGAUUGUGAAGCGGGCAGUGAUCUUGAGCAUGGAAAGGGUGGCAGCAGAGAGCAGGGUUUUGGAGCUGCUGAAGACAGCAGCGGAGGAAGGGCUUAUCAAUUCAAGCCAAAUCACAAAAGGGUUUAGUCGGAUCAUUGACUCUAUUGAUGAUUUAUCUCUUGAUGUACCAAAUGCAAAGUCCAUACUCCAAAUGCUGAUAUCCAAGGCCGCUUCAGAGGGGUGGCUAUCUGCCUCCUCUCUGAAGUCAAUAUCAUCUGUUCAUCCUCCUCACUUUGGUAACUACCUUGCAUUCAAUUACUCAGUCUUAAAAGUCUUUUUGUUCAUCAAGGAAAGGGGACUAGAAAAACUAAGCUAAGGCUACUUUAGGGUACCCAAAAAUGCAUCAAUAUCAAUAAAGAAGGUACUCCAUAAUAUUUAUGCAUCUUUCCUAAUUUCCCCUAUAAUUUUCUAUAACUAUAUCCUUUAGAGAAGCAGAAUGUUGCAGCAAAGAGCAGCAUAGUGAAGCGUUUCAAGACGAAGGCAGAAUCCAUAAUUAAGGAAUACUUUCUGACCGGUGACAUUUUAGAAGUGAGUAGGUGUCUUGAAUCAGAGAUCAACAAUAACAGUUGCUGCCAGUUUUCUUCCGAGCUGAACGCCAUCUUCAUCAAGAAACUGGUGAGCCUAGCAAUGGACCGGAAGAAUCGAGAGAAGGAGAUGGCGUCUGUCCUGCUAUCCUCCCUAUGCUUCCCAACAGAGGACACGGUGAGCGGUUUCACAAUGCUGAUCGAGGCGGCGGAGGACACGGCCAUAGACAUCCCGGGGGCGGUGGAGGAUCUGGCGAUGUUCCUAGCCAGGGCGGUGGUGGACGAGGCUCUGACCCCACAACAUCUAGAGGAAUUAGGAGGAGGAACCCAGAACAAUAACAAUCACAAAGUGGUGGGUAUGGCGAAAUCACUGCUAAAGGCGAGGCUUUCCGGCGAGAGAAUCCUGCGGUGCUGGGGAGGAGGCGGGAAUGGGACGAACGGGUGGACGACGGAGGAGGUGAAGGACAAAAUGGCGAAAUUGCUGGAGGAAUUCGAGUGCGGCGGGGACUCGAGAGAGGCUUGCCGGUGCAUAAAGGAGCUGGGGAUGCCGUUCUUCCACCAUGAAGUGGUGAAGAAGGGGGUGGUGAAGAUGAUGGAGAAGAGGUCUGACGGCGGUGGCGAGAGGGUGUGGGGUUUGCUAAGAGAGUGUUUCGGGACGGGGCUGGUAACGAUGAAUCAGAUGAUGAAGGGGUUCGUGAGAGUUGGAGAGUCGUUGGAUGAUCUGGUUCUGGACGUGCCUGAUGCUCGAGACCAGUACCGGUGCUAUGUUGACCGGGCUAAGAUGGAAGGAUGGUUGGAACCCACCUUCAAUCCUGACUUUCGUGCCACUCCUGUUGGCUAUUAAAAAAAUAUUUAUGCACACUUUUUUGCAGACACCAACUUAUUUUUAUGCAACAUGAUAUGUUUGUGAGCAUACUAUUACAGGCAAAAGAAACAAAAUAGAUGUUCAC